AUGUCUCUGCUAAGAAUGCCUUCGCCACCCAAGAUGAUGACAGAAACGGAAUUUCUCACUUGCCUGCACCUCAAUCUGGGUGUCGAACACGACAGACGACAAUACCAUGCCAUGAAGGCCAAUAUCAUGCAAAGUUGCCAGAGCAUCUGCCAUGACCGCAGCUGUCUCCUUCCUUACCUUCAAAACGACCUGUCCAUCCAGGCCCCUUUCAUCUGGACCCAAAUCACAGAGGUUUCUUUACAAGAAGAGGCCCGCCGCAUCUAUUGCAUGAGCUCACCGGAUGUUCAGCGCUUAUACGAUCUUGGAACUGAUACAAGAAGCGGGACUAGAAGAGAUGGCAGUAGCGAUAGUGGUGGUGAUGACGGUGGUGAUGAUGGUAGUGUUACUGGUGUUAGUGGUGUGGAUGCUAAACAGGAUCGGAUUGAGGAGAGCUGGGUGAUGCGGUGGCUGCUUUGGAGGACGUUGUUGUCUAGCGCAGAUGAGAAUGAAGCGAGCACAAUGUUCGCCAUGGACAUCACGUAUGGCAAUGACGGCGGAGAUGUGAGACUCGCCGAUCCCAGGGCAAGGCAGACGUACUGGGACCCUGCAAGACAACUAUGA